GCAGACUGACUGGCACGGUGGAGAAACCACCUCGAAAACGGAAAAGCAGGACUGAAUUUGCUCUUAAAGAAAUCAUGUCCUCUGGAGGUGCUGAAGAUGACAUCCCACAGGGAGAGAGGAAAACAGUCACUGAUUUUUGUUAUCUUCUGGAUAAAUCUAAGCAACUGUUCAAUGGGUUAAGAGAUUUGCCACAAUAUGGGCAGAAGCAGUGGCAAUCCUAUUUUGGAAGAACUUUUGAUGUUUACACCAAACUCUGGAAGUUCCAGCAGCAGCACCGACAAGUCUUGGAUAAUCGGUAUGGCUUGAAGCGGUGGCAAAUAGGGGAAAUUGCUUCUAAGAUUGGGCAGCUAUACUACCAUUAUUACUUACGCACAUCUGAGACCAGCUAUCUGAAUGAGGCUUUCUCCUUCUAUUCUGCAAUCAGACAGAGAUCAUAUUAUUCUCAAGUCAAUAAAGAAGACAGACCUGAGUUGGUAGUUAAGAAGCUACGAUACUAUGCAAGAUUUAUAGUAGUUUGUCUUCUUCUCAACAAAAUGGAUGUUGUAAAGGAACUGGUGAAGGAAUUGUCCGAUGAAAUUGAAGAUUACACUCACCGCUUUAAUACUGAAGAUCAAGUGGAGUGGAACCUGGUGCUUCAAGAAGUCGCAGCUUUUAUCGAGGCAGACCCCGUAAUGGUGUUGAAUGAUGAUAAUACCAUUGUUAUCACAUCUAACCGCCUUGCUGAAACAGGAGCCCCCCUGCUGGAACAGGGCAUGAUUGUGGGACAGCUGUCUCUGGCUGACGCGCUCAUCAUUGGUAAUUGUAAUAACCAGGUUAAGUUCAGUGAACUAACUGUUGACAUGUUCCGGAUGUUACAAGCCCUGGAAAGGGAGCCAAUGAAUUUAGCUUCCCAGAUGAAUAAGUCAGGAAUGCAGGAAUCAGCUGACAAGCCUACCAGGCGAGAAAAUCCCCACAAGUACCUGCUCUACAAACCCACCUUCAGCCAACUGUACACAUUCUUAGCAGCAUCUUUUAAGGAGCUGCCUGCCAAUAGCGUGCUUCUGAUUUACCUGUCAGCCACUGGCGUUUUCCCAACAGGUCGUUCUGAUAGUGAAGGUCCUUAUGAUUUUGGAGGGGUUCUUACUAAUAGUAACCGGGAUAUUAUAAAUGGAGAUGCCAUGCACAAACGCAAUCAAUCCCACAAAGAAAUGCACUGCCUCCAUCCUGGAGAUCUCUACCCCUUCACGAGGAAGCCCCUGUUUAUCAUCGUGGAUUCAUCCAAUAGUGUCGCAUAUAAGAAUUUCACAAACUUAUUUGGACAGCCACUAGUCUGCUUGCUUUCUCCUACAGCAUAUCCAAAAGCUUUACAAGAUCAAUCUCAACGAGGUAGCCUCUUCACACUCUUUUUGAACAAUCCUCUAAUGGCCUUCCUAUUUGUCUCUGGAUUGUCAAGCAUGCGCAGAAGCCUGUGGGAAAAGUGUCAAGAAUACCUUCGAAAAAUCAACCGCGAUAUUGCCCAGCUACUGACCCAUUCACGUUCAAUAGAUCAGGCAUUCCUCCAGUUUUUUGGAGAUGAAUUUCUUCGCUUGCUUCUCACAAGAUUUGUCUUUUGUUCAGCCACCAUGAGGAUGCACAAGAUUUUUCGGGAAACACGGAAUUACCCAGAAUCAUAUCCACAACUGCCAAGGGAUGAAACGGUGGAGAACCCUCAUCUCCAGAAGCACAUUUUGGAAUUGGCAUCCAUUCUGGAUGUUCGAAACGUGUUCUUUGAAAAUACCUUGGAUGACUAUUAAAACAAAAACCCUCUUGUCGAAACACUUUCAUUUGCCACAGAUUUUAAAUGGUGCCAUUUUCUAAUGUGAUGACAGACACAUAGUGGUGUUACUUCGUUUUUAUUUUUUAAUUUAGGACCGCCAUUUUAAAAACAAACCUAAAACAUUGUUCAAACGUUUAGGGUGGCUGUUUUAAAAUACAAUCUUUCAGGUCUUUUAAAAACUCGCUUAAUUUGGGGAUUUUUAUUUUUUUGGUUUUGAGGUAUGGAUAUUUGCCUCCAGCAUCUCACCCUACCCUCAAAUAAUCACUGUUCUCACUCUUCGAAGAGUAAAUUAUUUAUUUUUGUAUAAUGAGGAAAAUCCAGCUCUUAAACGUGGACCUUACAGUGUAAUUGUUCACAGAGAUGAAACUAGCCAGCAUGGACUACUAACAGUCUAGAACAGAGUCCUGCCAUAAUAUUUCUUUUCAUUCCAAGUUAGUAGGUAGAAACUGUGUGAAGAGUAUAAUCGAGACAGUUCUUGAAAUCAUUUAACUUGCUUAAAUACUGUCAUAAUUUCUAAAACUAUAUGAGAUUGAUUUGCGCCUGAAAGCUAAAGCUUUAAUUGGGAUCUGGAGAAUGAUAAAUAUCAUCUGGAGUGUGUGAAUCCUGUCCUAUGAGAUAUGGUUGCAUAUUUUGUUUUCUUCGUUAGACUUUGAGUGCUGGAAAUGUAAAAGAACAACUUUUAAAUAUUUCACUUAAAAAUCAGAUUGUCAGCUUUUUAAUACAGUAUUUCCAGUAGGAAUUCUAUUUAAAUUCUUCAUUCAUACGGUCAGGUUUAAAGGCUGUCUCUAGAUUGAAGUCCGUGGUGUAAAGUACAGAGUUUAUAAUCUUUUUGCAGAGUUAAAGUUUGUGAGACUUCAGAGUCAGAGAUGGUAUUAACUUUAGUUGGGGGCAACUGAGUUGUUAUGUAACCUAAGAUGGAAGUUGUUUUGCAUUGACAAUUUGGCAAUAAGAUGUUUUUAGAACUU